AUGUUCGCAUUAAGAACACCCACAAAACCUCGCACCUCCACGACACCAGACAUAAAUCUGGAGAAGACUUCUACUGUAGCGAGCGGAACACAAGUACCAAGAGAAAGCAAAGUUAGGAAGAGUAUAGACCAGUGGGAGGGGACAACUGCAGAAGAGGAAGAAAGAGGGAAAGGUAAAGAAUGUAAAGAGUAUAAGAGAAGCAUUGGACCACGGAAGCAUUGGCGCAAAGACAGAGCGUAA